AUGGAUAUUCAAGCCACCGCACUUUCGGGAGACGAUGCAGGAACUCAGUCCGCAUCUGCCCGAAACCGACCAUCCUACUCUUGCGUUCGCUGCUCCGAUCGGAAGGUUAGAUGUGACAGACAAAGACCAUGCAGUGCGUGUACCAAGCAUAAAGUCGAAUGUGUCUACCGCCCUCCUCAAACAUCCAGGAACAAAGUCAAACGUAUUAAGAACGAUGUACUUGUUGAACGGCUGAAACAGUAUGAGGCGUUGCUCAAGGACAAGGGUAUCGCUCCCGAGGCCUCGCCUAUACCUUCGACGACGAAGCAAAAUGUCGAGGCUCAAUUGGUGGACGUUGCGUCGAUCCUGGAGUCUGGAGGAUCCACGACACUAUCCAUCACAUCUUCAGCUGCUGCAGAGCCUAGUAUAAGGCUGAACAAGACACAAUUGCUGCAAAAUCAAGGGAACUUCAAGUUCGUCGACAAUCUCUGGACCAGGAUAGUCGAAGAGUUCCCCGAGCCUCGAGACGCAAUGGGAGAUAGUUGGCAGGAAGACACUGAUGAGGGAGAAAGUGAGAACGAGCUAGGCUUCAUACUGGGCACGACUUUGAGAACCUCGUCUAGGCUUUCACAUCCACCUAUGGAAGCCAUCCUUCAAUUGUGGCAGGUCUUUAUCGACAAUGUUGACCCACUCACCAAGAUAGUUCAUGUACCAUCACUACAGCCAGCGAUACAGAAAACUGCAACAGGGCCAAGUGAGAUGCCACGCAACUUCCAAGCGCUGAUGUUUGCUAUAUACAGCACUGCAAUCAAUUCGCUCAAAGACGAUCCUUGCAAGCAAGCAUUCGGACAAUCACGCCAAACCCUUCUAGCACAUUACAUAUCCAAUACAAAGAUAGCCUUGGCAAGAGCGAACUUUAUGUCCACUACCAGUCUUGUGGUACUGCAAGCCCUGGCACUCCACAUAUUCUCCAUCAGAGACACACACGAACCUCGCGCUGUAUGGAGUCUGACUGGGAUCUUCUUGCGUCUAGCAGAAGGCAUGGGCCUGCACCGAGACGGGACAUUCCUUGGUCUGCCGCGUUUCGAGAGUGAAAUACGUCGGCGUAUCUGGUGGAACAUGAAAAUGCACGACUACCGUACAGCCGAGUUAGCGGGUCUGACUAAGUUUCGUCGCGUCGACCCAGGCGUUGACUCUCCAAACUUCCCCACCAGCCUCAAUGAUACCGACCUCUCCCCAGGCAUGACCACUGCACCUUCUCCUCCAACCGGCCCUACAGACAUGAUGUUCUGUGCUAUCCGAACCGAGUUCGCAGGCUUCAUCGCCAAACAUACUGCUAAGUUCCAAAACUCACAAACUAAUGCCUGGGAAGAUUACUGGGCACGUCAUGAAACAAGUGAAAAGAGUUCAGUCCUCCAAGAAGCUCAGGAGCUCAUGGAAACAAAAGUCCUUCGCUAUUGCGACCCGUCGAGACCACUCCACCUCAUGGCUAGUAUCGUUGGCCGCUCAGGCCUGACUCUCAUGCAUUUUCUCACACACCAUCCACGCAAUUGGCCUGCGGGAGCCGCUGUUCCCGACGCCGAGAAGCAAAAUGUUUGGAAAAUCAGUCUGCAGCUCCUUGAACAAUGGAACAUGGCACAAUCUAUUCCACUACUGGAGUGCUUCGCUUGGCACGCGGCAUAUUAUCUUCCAUGGCACGCUCUGAUCUACGUGCUUGACAGUCUCCGAGCCUCCCCCGAGAUCCAGGAUGCCAACAAAGCCUGGCAGAUCAUUGACACAAUCUAUCGCAACAACCCCGACUUUGUCUCGAACACCAAACGUCCAAUCUAUGUUGCAGUGGGCAACCUGUGUCUGAAGGCUUAUAAGGCGAGGCAUGAAAUACUGGGAAGUAGCAACAACAUACAGCCGCCUGCUUACAUUCUUGCAUUUACCCAACAACGCGACGCAGCCAAGUCGCGUAGACAAGCCAAGAAGGAGGCGCGAAACAAAAAAGGAGCUCAACAAGCUUCUCUUAGCCAUCAAAUCGAGUCUACAGAGCUAAGUCCGCAUACCUCCAACUCGUCACAGUCGAACAUCAAACCUUAUCCGAACUACGACCCAAUGACGCCACGACCACGACCACAAGCACAAGCACAACCUCAACACCAACCCUACUCAGCCACCAUUCCACCACAACCUCAAGCUCAACUCCAUUCUCUACCUCCAAACAACAACAACAUCGACCUCUUCUGGCUAAACAACGAACACAAUCCCAUUUCAUUCGCCAACAACCAGACACCUACCGAUAUGGACAUGGACACGGACUUUCUCCUCUCUGAGAAUUACGGAUUCGAUAGAGCGGACGGAAUGACGAUCGACUGGACGCAGUGGGAUAAUUUUCUGGGAAGUAAGGCGUGA